AUGGAGAUUCUGGAGGAAGCUGAACUUUGCUUCCCGCAGCUCGCCAACGCCUCGUGCAAGAAGCUGAAGCGUCCUCACUUCCAGCUCGUCCUCUCCUACAUCGUCCUGUCGUCCAUUGCUCUGCUCACCACGACACUCAACCUGCUGCUCAUCGUGUCCAUCGCUCACUUCAGGCGUCUCCACACUCCCACCAACUUCCUCCUCCUCUCCCUGGCGGUGUCAGACUUCCUGGUUGGCGUCAUCGUCUGCGUUCCCAUCCUGCUGGUGGACGGCUGCUGGUACCUGGGCGACCACACGUGCGUCUUCUUCCAGUAUUUAGGCUACGUGGUCACUGGGGCGUCCAUCGGCACCAUGGUGAUCAUCUCGGUGGACCGUUACGUGGCGGUGUGCGACCCGCUGCGGUACGCCAGCCGGAUGACGCAGCAGAGAGUGCAGGUGUCUGUGUGUGUGUGCUGGACCGGCUCGCUGCUGUUCCAGAGCCUGAACCUGAAGGAGAACCUGAGCGAGCCGGGUCGGUACCACUCCUGCUCCGGGGAGUGCGUGGUGGUCACCGACUACGUCCUGGGCCUGCUGGACCUCCUGCUGUCCUUCGUCGGGCCCGUCCUCGUCAUCGUGCUCCUGUACCUGCGGGUGUUCGCGGUGGCGGUGUCACAGGCCCGGGCCGCCCGCUCCCGCCUGGCGGCCGUCGGCGGCCGCGGCUCGCUGACGGUGUCGGUGAAGAAGUCGGAGCUGAAAGCAGCUCGGACUCUGGGCGUGGUGGUGCUGGUCUUUCUGGUUUGUGUGUGUCCGUACUUUUGCGUGUUGCUGACGGGUCAGAACCAGCUGCUCAACGCCUCGUCGGCCGUCUUCGUCAUCUGUCUCUUCUACCUGAACUCCUGUCUGAACCCGCUCAUCUACGCCUUCUGCUACCCAUGGUUCAAGAAGUCUGUGCAGCUCAUCAUCACGCUGAAGAUCCUGCAGCCCGGCUCCGCCAACGCUAACAUCCUGUGA